AAAAUAAGAGAAAAGCAAGAACACCAUACAACAUCCAAGAGAUGAUGGGGGAGCUAUGGUCACAGAUGGGGUCAUUAAUGGCCACAAUAGUGUUCAUGUACACAAUUUUUGAGCGUUUCUUCCCCGCUCAUCUUCGUGACCGUGUUCAAGCCUAUGUUCAAAAAUUCACCAACCACUUCAACCCCUAUAUCCAAAUAACCUUCCCUGAGUUCUCAGGUGAAAGACUCAAGAGAAGUGAAGCAUACACAGCCAUCCAAACCUACCUCAGUGCAAACUCAUCUCAAAGAGCCAAAAGGCUUAAAGCUGAAGUGGUGAAAGAUAGCCAAACCCCACUAGUCCUCAGCAUGGACGACAAUGAAGAGAUCACAGAUGAGUUUGAAGGUGUCAAAGUGUGGUGGAGUGCAAACAAACUAAGCAGCAAUCCACAAAGGUACAACCCUUUUUCCUAUUAUGCUCCCUCAGAUGAAAAAAGGUUCUACAAACUCACCUUCCACAAGAGAUAUAGAAGCCUCAUCACCAUGUCAUACAUAAAGCAUGUGUUGGAAGAGGGGAAGGAGAUUGAGAUGAGAAAUAGGCAAUUGAAGCUUUACACCAACAAUCCUAGUAGUGGUUGGUAUGGUUACAAGCAGUCAAAGUGGAGCCACAUAGUGUUUGAGCACCCUGCUACAUUUAAAACACUAGCAAUGGAUCAGAAUAAGAAGGAAGAUAUCUUGAAAGACCUUGUGAAAUUUAAGAAGGGGAGGGACUAUUAUGCAAAGAUAGGUAAGGCUUGGAAAAGGGGGUAUCUUUUGUAUGGUCCUCCAGGGACCGGAAAAUCUACUAUGAUAGCUGCUAUUGCCAAUUUCAUGAACUAUGAUGUGUAUGAUCUUGAAUUGACUGCAGUUAAGGACAACACUGAGUUGAGAAAGUUGUUGAUUGAGACUCCAAGUAAGGCAAUUAUUGUGAUUGAGGAUAUUGAUUGUUCACUUGAUCUUACUGGUCAAAGGAAGAAGGGAAAGGAAGAGGGUGAGGAUGAGGAGCCGAAAGAUCCUAUGAGGAGAAAUGAAGAGGAGAGUAACAAGAGUAGUAAGGUGACUCUAUCAGGGUUGUUGAAUUUCAUUGAUGGGAUUUGGUCAGCUUGUGGAGGUGAGAGGAUCAUAAUUUUCACAAAAAAUUAUGUGGAGAAGCUUGAUCCUGCUUUGAUUAGGAGAGGGAGGAUGGACAAGCACAUUGAGAUGUCAUAUUGUGGCUAUGAGGCUUUCAAGGUGUUGGCUAAGAACUACUUGGAUGUUAAGUCUCAUAGUUUGUUUCCCACUAUUGAGGAGUUGUUGGGGGAGACCAAUAUGGCCCCUGCUGAUGUUGCUGAGAAUCUGAUGCCAAAGUCUGUGGAUGAUGAUGUGGAGACGUGCUUGCUGAAGUUGAUUAAGGCACUUGAGGGGGCCAAGGAGGAAAAAGCAAGGAAAAAGGCAGAAGAAGAAGAAGCAAGGUUGAAGGAGGAGAAAGAGAAAGCAAAGUCUACUCAGAGGGUGGAUGAGAACAAAGAGAAAAUUGGGGAGGAUGUGAAGGAAAAUGGUUUUCAUUGAGGGGCAAUGGAAAUGGUUUUGGGAAUAACAAUAUGUUCUGGAGCUAGUUAGUUUACACGUUAUAUUGAGAGAUUUAGCCCAGUUGAUUGAUUAGUGUGCGUGAAUAAUUGUAAUCCCUUAAUACUGAGUUCGAUUCAUAUGGUAAAAAAAGAAUCUGGUUAGAGUAGUUACUGCAAUAUACUACUUGGCUAAAAGAAAAUUGAUCUACCUUGAUAUGUUGUUCAAUUUCUGUUUUGGUUGUCUUCUGGUUUUUCCAAUCUUUCUUAGCGUAAAAGUUUGAAUUGCUAUCCUCAUUUCGUUUCAUUUCAGUUUUCCAUCAUGGUAUAUAGCAUAACAAUUGGUUCAUGGUUGAA